ACCCCACCACAGCCCUCAACCCCCGGCCAGACCUGUUGUUAGUUGAGAGCUUUGCCCGCGCCUGGAAAAAGUCAACGUCGAGAUAAAUUGAGCCGCUCCCCCUCCAGCUGUCAAAAAAGCCCUUCUUCUUGUCCCACCUCUUCCCUACCUCACCACACAAGCCCGGUCAGACAAAACACCUGUCCGGCCCCUCACUUCCACUCCGCUUCACCUCAAAUCUCUUGCACAUCAUCCGCAACAAUGGCCAACGCUCUUGACCACCUUAACGCUGGCCGUACUCGCAUUGAGUGGCUGUCGCAGCUCAACACCGAGUACCAGCCCGCUAGGAACUACCGCCGCACCUCCAUCAUUUGCACCAUUGGCCCCAAGACCAACUCCGUCGAGAAGAUCAACCUCCUCCGCAGGGCCGGUCUCAAUGUCGUUCGCAUGAACUUCUCCCACGGCUCGUAUGAGUACCACCAAUCCGUCAUUGACAACGCGCGCGAGGCCGACCGUACCCAGCCCGGCCGCCCCGUUGCCAUUGCUCUCGACACCAAGGGCCCUGAGAUCCGCACGGGUAACACCGUCGAGGAGAAGGACCACCCCAUCAGCGCCGGCGAUGAGAUCAACAUCACCACCGACGAGGCGUACGCCACCGCUUCCGACAACAAGAACAUGUACGUCGACUACAAGAACAUCACCAAGGUCAUUGAGGCCGGCCGUACCAUCUACGUCGAUGACGGUAUCCUCUCCUUCACCGUCCUCGAGAUCGUCGACGAGAAGACCCUCCGCUGCCGCUGCGAGAACAACGGCAAGAUCUCCUCCAAGAAGGGUGUCAACCUUCCCAAGACCGACAUUGACCUUCCCCCUCUCUCCGAGAAGGACAAGGCCGACCUGAGGUUCGGUGUCAAGAACAAGGUCGACAUGGUCUUCGCCUCGUUCAUCCGCCGCGGCAGCGACGUCAAGGCCAUCCGUGAGGUCCUCGGCGAGGAGGGCAAGGACAUCCAGAUCAUUUCCAAGAUCGAGAACCAGCAGGGUGUCAACAACUUCGACGAGAUCCUCAAGGAGACCGACGGUGUCAUGGUUGCCCGUGGUGACCUUGGUAUCGAGAUUCCUCCCGCGCAGGUCUUCAUCGCCCAGAAGAUGAUGAUCACCAAGUGCAACAUCGCCGGCAAGCCCGCCAUUUGCGCCACCCAGAUGCUCGAGUCCAUGACCUUCAACCCCCGCCCCACCCGUGCUGAGGUUUCUGACGUCGGUAACGCUGUCCUCGACGGUGCUGACUGCGUCAUGCUGUCUGGUGAGACCGCCAAGGGCAACUACCCCGAGGAGGCCGUCAAGAUGAUGCACAACACCUGCCUGCUCGCCGAGGUUGCCAUUCCCUACGUCAACGCCUUCGACGAGCUCAGGAGGCUUGCUCCCAUCCCCUGCCCUACCUCCGAGACCUGCGCCAUGGCUGCUGUCAGCGCUUCUCUCGAGCAGAACGCUGGCGCCAUCCUGGUUCUGAGCACUAGCGGUAACACCGCCCGCCUCGUCUCCAAGUACCGCCCCGUUUGCCCCAUCAUCAUGGUUACCCGCAACGCUGCUGCCACCAGGUACUCUCACCUGUACCGUGGUGUCUACCCCUUCCUGUUCGCCGAGGAGAAGCCCGACUUCAAGUCCAACCCCUGGCAGGAGGAUGUCGACCGCCGCCUGAAGUGGGGUAUCAUGAACGCCAUCAAGCUUGGUGUCCUCAACCGCGGCGACGCCGUCGUCUGCGUCCAGGGCUGGCGCGGCGGCAUGGGCCACACCAACACGUUGCGCAUCGUCCCCGCCGAGGAGGACCUUGGUCUUGACCAGGACGCGUAAGUGAAACUUCGAUAGCUCGUGCAAGCAUCGUUAAAAGUGGCUUUUUCCCUCGUUGUUCCUUUUCGCAUUAGAUGGGGUCGAGAAAUGAUAUUUCUCUCGUAUAGGAACCAGAAGAACAGCAACAGGAGCAGCAACAACAACAACAUGCCGGAGUAGAAAGAAAAAAGAAGGAAAAAACGGGAAAGGGCCGGCUACGGGC